UACUACUAUGAGUAUUGGGCAGGAAAACGGGGACCAAGCAAUCAUUGAAGAAGCUGUAGAUCAGACUGAGAUGGAUGAGUGAAAGAAAAUUCAGGCCUAUGCCUGGAAGAGACCAACAGCAUCAGCCAUGGCUUCAGCAACUCCUCUCUGCUUCUUCUUCCUCCUCCUGAACUCGGCCUGCACUUUCGCUUCCGCUGCGGCCGGAAAAAUGAGCCGUCAGUCGGCGAAGCUCGAUCGCAGCAGUUUUCCGGCCGGUUUCGUGUUCGGCUCAGGAUCCUCUUCGUACCAGGUUGAAGGAGCAGCCUCUGAGUUUGGGAGAGGGCCAAGCAUCUGGGACACCUUCACGCACAAUGAACCAGACAAAAUAGCGGACCGCAGUACAGGGGAUGUUGCAGAUGGGUUUUAUUAUCAUUAUAAGGAAGACAUAGCUCAGAUGAAAGCAAUUGGAUUCGAUGCUUUUAGAUUCUCCAUCUCAUGGUCCAGAAUAUUUCCUAAGGGAAAACUUAGUGGUGGAGUCAAUCCUUUGGGUGUCCAAUUCUACAAUGAUCUCAUUGACAACAUCUUGUUGAAUGGCCUAAAACCUUAUGUAACACUGUUUCAUUGGGAUCUUCCGCAAGCUCUAGAUAAUGAAUAUGGUGGAUUCUUAAGCCACAUGAUCAUGAAUGAUUACCUAGACUAUGUCGAUUUUUGCUUCAAAACUUAUGGUGAUCGAGUGAAGUACUGGUUCACUGUGAAUGAGCCUUACGAGUUUAGUGCACUUGGAUAUGCAAAAGGCAUCUAUGCACCUGGUAGAUGUUCUAACUAUGUGGGAAAUUGCACGUUAGGAAAUUCAGCAACUGAGCCCUAUAUUGUUGGCCACCACCUUGUCCUCUCCCAUGCAGCUGCUGUAAGAUUGUACAGGGAAAAAUACAAGGCUUCUCAAAAAGGCCAAAUUGGAGUUACACUAUCAAGCAAGUGGUAUGAGCCAUUUUCUAAUGAUAAUGUGAGCCAGAAGGCUGCUUUGAGAGCUGUUGACUUUGUUCUGGGAUGGUUUUUACACCCAAUAACUUAUGGUAAUUAUCCACAAAGCAUGCAGUCUCUUGUUGGGAAUCGACUGCCAAAAUUCACCAAGAAAGAAACUCAAAUGCUCAAGGAAUCUUUUGAUUUCCUCGGAAUAAAUUACUAUAGUUCAUACUAUGCAGCUGAUGUCAGGGUUAUCAAUACUUCUGCCCUAAGCAUGACAACUGAUAACCAUAUCAUAGAAUACAUGACCAAAAAUGGUGUUCCAAUUGGUAAACCGACUGAUUUAGACUGGUUGUACAUAUAUCCUGACGGACUUCGAAAGCUUCUGCUGUUCAUAAAAGAUAAUUAUGGUAAUCCAACUAUUAUUGUUACUGAAAAUGGGCUUGCAGAAGUAAAAAAUAGCUCGGCACCAGUUGGUAAAUCUUUGAAGGAUGAGCUUAGGAUCCAUUGUUACCAUGAACAUCUAAAAUGUCUUUUGAAAGCUAUCAAAGAGGGCGCGGAUGUGAGAGGGUACUUUAUAUGGUCAUUUAUUGACAAUUUUGAGUGGUGCUUGGGUUAUAAUGCUAGAUUUGGCAUCACUUACGUGGAUUAUAAGGGUGGAUUGAGAAGAUACCUCAAAGACUCAGCCAUUUGGUUCAGCGAGUUCCUUCAAGGGAGGAUUGAUGCACUCUUUAGGCCUUCUACAUUUGGGUUACCAGAUGAUCAAUCUUCUACUUCUCUCCUUCAUGCAAAUAAAUAGACGAAUAAUGUUAUUUGUACAUAAGGCAAAUUAUAGUUGGGUUUACACAAUGAUAUUCUCGUGAUAAAUUGAGGACUUAUCGUGAUAAAUUCACGAUAUUCUCUUCUCUC